AUGUCCGAAUGGAAGGUUGAUCCGGAUCACCGGAGAAGGCUGCUGCAGUUGCAGAAGAUUGGCGGGAACAAGAAGUGUGUUGACUGCCACGCGCCAAACCCGCAAUGGGCGUCGCCCAAGUUCGGGAUCUUCAUCUGUCUUGAGUGUGCUGGUGUGCACCGGUCGCUUGGAGUGCACAUAUCUUUCGUGCGUUCGAUCACCAUGGACCAGUUCAAGCCGGAGGAGCUUGUGAGAAUGGAGAAGGGAGGGAACGACCAAUUUAACGAGUACAUGGCCGCGCACGGCGUAGAUCUUGGACUACCGCAGAAAGUCAAGUACGACAACGUCAUUGCCCAGGACUACAAGGAGAAAUUGACAUGUGAAGUGGAGGGCAAAGAAUUCGCGGAACCGGAACACCCAGGGUUUGACGCCUCGCAGCUCGGUGUCGCGGGGGCAUCGGCUACCACGCUAGGUGGGAGUCGAUCCAACACUCCGUUGGAAAACCGCCGUUCUGCGACGCCCAAAAGAGACCAGCGCGACGACCAGCCAGGGCAGGCGCAAAGGGAGAGAACGAGGCGUACUUGCCGAGCUUGGGAAGCAGAACGAACAAAACCGGCCCACUUACCACCUUCUCAAGGUGGCAAGUAUCAGGGCUUUGGGAACACGCCCGCUCCGGCCGAUACUGCGGAGCACCAAAAUACACUAAACCUGGAGAGCUUCCAAAACGAUCCUCUGGGCACGCUCUCGAAGGGAUGGAGCAUCUUCUCGUCGAGCAUAUCCAAGUCGGUCGCAGACGUCAAUGAGUCAGUCAUCAAGCCGGGCUACGAGCAAUGGCAGUCUGGAGAACUAUCGGAGGAGACCAAGCGAGCCGCCACGCAGUUCGGCCAGAAGUGCCAAGAAACGAGUAGCUACGGCUACACUGCAUUCCAAAACUUUACCAAAUCACUACAAGAACAGUACUACGGAGAGAAGGAAGAGUCCACAAUGGGGCCAAGAGCAGAAACCCAAGCAGGUUCUGGUCAAGAGUACACGAAACUACUACCGGAUGAAAAAGGGUCGUCUAAGAAACGGGAAGAUGAAUGGGAUGAAUUCUGA